GGUUAUGCAAUGCGCAGUUGUUUUACCUGGAAUUGCUAAAAAACAUGGUAAAUUGCUUGGUAAAAACAUUCUGGUUUUUGGUUUUUACCAAUUCAAUUUCCGUCACAAAUUCCAAGAACGAAAGUUGAAGUGAAGAUAGUGACGACUGUUUCCGCCUGUAGGGAAAUCCCUUAAAGGCUUUAUAUCUUUAAGACGAAGUGACUAACCUUGCAUUGAAAACGUUGCGGCUUUAAAGUCGCCAAUUUGAACGUAUAUUUAUAGAGCAUAGGCGUAACAAGUGCUCAGAUAUUGUGUCUGUAUAUAUAAAGAGUUUUGCAUUGCUAGUAUUAGUUCGCUUCACUCUUGUUUUAAGAGGCACUCGAAGCCAAUUUCAAGGUACAAACUUUGGCGCUAACGUCAAGGAGACAAGACCAACUUUGGCAAACAGAUCAGUUUAAUGGGACUCAGAUUGGUAAACAAGGACUACUUCCUACAUAGAAAAUACUGUUGAGGUUUUGGGAAGAAAUUGGUAAACGAUCCGUGAUCCUUGCAGUUGAACGAACCAGGCGGACGCGGAAACGACCGACGGAGUCGAGCAGCCGAUGAACAUAUACAACCUUCAACGAAAUUACUCAUUACGAUUUUACGAAUACUUCUAGUAUCUUUUUUAAAAUAACAUUUUCUUAGAACAACAAUAUGGGUAUUUUUCCGAUCCAGUAAACAUUCUAUACAGUAAUUGUUCUAGUUCCCUGGAAAGUUCAAUGCUUGAUACCUUUGAUUAAUUCUUGGUAUAUCACGUGCAUAUAUUGAACUUCGAGGUUUGAGGGUGAUUUCUUCCAAGAACUGUCAAUAAAAUAAACGGCAAGCGUAUUUACCAUCAAAUAGUUCUACAGAGAUUGCAAAUAAGCUAGCGAGCAGCGAGCUGCAGUGUUUAUAUCGAAAGACCAGAUCCAUCGCCUCGGAAGAAUACGAAGUAAAAGUAAAUUAUGCCGCAGACGAAUGGGUAUACUUUGAUUAAAGAUACAGAGUCAGACGAUGAAGGGGAGACUUCUCGAAGUGAAACGAAAUCUGGCAAAGAAAGACGACGUCCGAAUUCCCCGUCUAGCGAAGGCACGAACGGAACUGAGGUUGGCACAAAACUAAGUCAGUCUCGUACUAGCGCAACGUAUGGUAGCAUCGUCUGCAUUGAUGCAGACCCUGACUGUACAACACCAUUGCUUCCAAAGGAAAGCGACGUAAGACCCGAUGGAGAUACAGUCGAUAACAACGCCGACGAAGAAGAGAAACCCGCUAAAAAAGAAAGUUGGUUAAAAACUACAGAACGCUUUUGGAGUGUAAUGGUAUUCCUACUUCCAUUAGUAACAGGGUGCGUCUUGAAUAUAGCAAUGAAUGUUGACACAGACACAAUCGCUCGGGAAAUAACACCAGCAGUAUUUCAUUCCUAUAUUGUGUGCCUUAUAAUUAUCUUUGGCGUUUGGUUGGUUGUCGAGAAACUUCAUCAUAAUUAUAAGGAAUCCAAUAUCAGCGAUAGAGAUAAAUACGAGCCACUCAUUCCAAGACACUUGUUAGACGGCCUGGCUGUGUUCGCUGUUUGUAACUGUAUUUUCCAGGUCUUCAUGUGCGUGGACAUUUUGAAAUGUAGCCGAAGUGUCUCAGGGUUGGAUAAAAGUUAUGUCGUCUCAGCUGUCUUUGAAAUAUUUUUUCUAUAUUGCCAGAUAUACGUAUUUUACUCGCUGUCCAGACGACGGGAAGAAAAACUGUGGUUUGGCAACUAUUUUACAAUGUUUACCCUCGCGAUUAACCUGACGUUGUGGGUGGGAUAUUUUACUGCAGGUGCAGUGAAAAAUUCAAAUUUGGAACACGUUUCAUGGUUACGGCGUUAUCAUUAUGGGCUAAAAGAAGACCUGUGUGCUAAUUCAAGUUACAACAAUGGGUCAAACUCUCGAAGACUGCACAAUUUUGUCCAAACGCUUUUGCAGUACAAGUUCACCUUUGCAAUGGAAUAUUCGCUGUUGGCCUCAGCACUACUGUACCAUUUAUGGGUCGAAAUUGCAACACCUUCUGCCGGCGAAUUUGCAGCAACAAAUAAAAGAUGGGCGGUAUGGCGUUUUGGCUUCAUUUGUGGUCUAUUCUGUCUGCCUUUGAUAGGGGUUGUUUGUGCUUAUUCGUCAGUAAAAUACAAAGAAAAGCAUCAAUACAAACCUGCCUAUCUCUACAUAUGUACGUUUCUGCUGUGGUGUCCAGUGUUCGCAUGCAGCAUCAAAGGGCUCUGUUUACUGACUCGUCAUUAUAAAAGAGUUUCUGACUAUAAAACCAAAGUCGACACAAAAUUGCUGUGUCUUUCAGCGCUUGGUUUUGUUAUCCUAGACUUGUUCACCAUUUUUGCAACUACUGCGGAAAUAGUCAAGUCAUAUAACGGCGGUUAUAUAGUCCUGUUGGGUCUUUCCUCUUUUGGCGAGUUGGUAACUUGUAGUGUGUUAACUGUAUUCAUCUACGCGAUGUACUUUCACGAAGUCAGACCCACUGACGAAGGAAUAAAAGCCGCCAAAUCGAUCCGUCAAAUAGCAUCGUUUUGUUUAACAGUUAGCAUCGGAUUUUGGGUUAUGCGAACGUACACGUUCAGAAGUAAACAGGAUUUCGAUUACGUGUGUAGCGAUUACUUUGGGAAGACAAUUUGGUUCGUCGUCCAACAGCUUGCGACCCCGAUGUGCAUCUAUUUUCAUUACCACUGUGCUAUUUGUCUUUCUGGUUCGAUUGCCGAUAACUCUUAACUCAAAAGUUGUAGUGUAGUUUAAUUGAAUUGAUUGUUUUGUAUAGAUUUAUGUAAUAUAGAUAAACUUCAUAAUCUUUAAUAAAUUUUCUGGGGCUUUUUCUAAAUCAAUCAAAACUGAUCUUAGUACAAUGUACUUCUAUAAAACGUAUA